AUGACAGAGAUACAAGGUCUGCGAGAGCAAAUCUUAGCAAAUCUCGAUUACAUCGAGUUCGCCAAACCAACUUCUAAUCUCAAUAUCAUUGUCGAAGAUGUUGAUCUGCUAUGCUACAAUGCAGUCAUCUUUGACAAGAUUACACGGAAGCGACUAUUUCAUCUUUCUGGAAAACACAAGUCAGUGCCCGAGGCUCUGGAUGAAAUGCUGGCAGCCACUUGUCUGAUGGUACGGUUAUACCGCGAGGAUCCUCAGAAUUGGCGUCGAAAUUUUGGUGGAGGUGUAUGGAACGAGGAUAAUUCGCAGCCGCCAUCUCGAGAUCGGGCGAUCAACGACGAGUCAUACCUCCUACUACGCAAGAGAAAGCGAACAGCCUCUGCCGUGAGUUCCAACGGACAGGAUGAGCCUUCUCUUGCUGGCUUUCCACGUCUACCAUCAGUACUCGCCGCAGGGCCCAGGACACUUGAUGAAGAACACCUUUCUCUGAUGCCAUCUAUUGGCGAUGCAAAACUUGCUGCUGCUGCCUGUGCAGCAUUGCCACCACAAAUCUCUGAUAAUGCGAAGAAGCUGCUCUACGAACUCAUCACAUAUCCGCAGUGCCCUGCAUCUCAUAAGGGUGUCUGUCUGCUUGACAUCAUGCGAGAGACAGGUCUAGAAUAUGAGUUGCUGGAGUCUUGGGCCAAAGAGCUUGAAAUGGCUGACAAGGCUUGUUCUAUCCCCUGGGCCCGCGCUACGUGGCAGCCAAAGGACUUGACUGGUGCCUUUAAUUUUUGA